CAACAGCCUGUCUUUAUAACUUUUUUUCUUAUAUAUAUAUAUGUAAAUUGAUCUUAUAUAAGAGCAGCUAGACGAUGCGAUCUCGUUGACGGAAUUCCUUGUCAUUAUAAUCUUUAAUAUUCUACGUCUCCGGGGGAGUUACGCGACAUCGUCAGUCCCAAAUGCCGCCUCGUGGUAAAUUUUCAGGUCGUCGCGGAUCCGCAAGGGGUCGAGGUGGAAAAUUUGGGCGGGGUGGUGCGAAAAGGAGCUUCGGGGGCGCAGAGAAAUUUCAUAAUACGAGACUUGAAGAUGCCGAGGAAUCUGGCAGUGAAUCGUCUGGCGAAGCUUCAUCAGAUCUUAAGGUUGAUAGUGAGGGCUCAAUAUCCGAUGUUGAGGAGACCCCAGCAACGACCCAGCCAUAUAUGGCACUAAUGCAAAGUCUAGAAAGAGAUUCAGUCUCUAGCGCAGCUCCCACUACGAAGAGGAGAAAAAUAGACCAUCCGUCCCCCAAACAAGAGGUACCGCCCGCAGCUAAUGAUGAAAACGGAGAAGUCUCAGAUGACGAAGAACGUGAUGUUGAUCACGUUGAGGAGCCAGAGGAAGAUCCAUCUAAUGACGUGGAAUUGGAAAACGACAAUGAUGAUGAUGAUGACGAUGACGACGACAUACCUGAUGCCGAGGACCCCUUUGAAACUCAUUUUGUAAACCCCGAUAGCAAUGAAUAUAACAUACGCUUGAAGGGGGUUACAUCCAAUGUCCAUCAGACUAAGCAGGUAGAGAAGAACGGAUGGCGAAUGUUUAGAAGCAUCCCUGGUCAGACGCCGGACCAGACAACUCAACCGCCUGCGACUGUUCCGGGGCCGUCUGGUUUGAAACUCAAGCAUAGGCUCAUUGAGACCUCAAACAAACUGUGUCCGUCUUUCGAUAGGCUCGAACAGGUUCUGUACCCAAUAACAUUUAGUUAUCAAGAUCUUUUAUUCUGUGGUCGUAAUGCCACUAAUGCUGGAAAUCUAAGACGAAUGACGUGUCUUCACGCCAUAAACCAUGUUUUCAAGACACGAGACCGAGUCAUCAAGAAUAAUGCAAAGCUGGCAAAAGAAGGCGAAACCACCGACUUCGAGCCUCGGGAUCAAGGAUUCACACGACCUAAAGUCCUCAUGAUCCUCCCUACGCGCGAGGCCGCCGUAAAGGUGGUAAACGCGAUCUGCGCGGUCUGCGAACCUGAUCAGCAGGAGAACCGCAAGCGCUUCGACGAGUCGUACAUCGACCGAGAAGUAAAGUUCUCAGCAGACAAACCGGCAGAUUUUCGAGAUCUAUUCGAGGGCAACGACGAUGAUAUGUUCCGAAUAGGCAUCAAGUUCACUCGCAAGACAAUUAAAUACUUCGCCCAAUUCUACAAUAGCGAUAUUCUACUUGCAAGUCCGUUAGGACUGCGCAUGGCAAUAGGGUCCGAAGGGGACAAGAAGAAGAUGGAUUACGACUUUCUUAGCUCUAUCGAGGUCGUCAUCGUUGAUCACGCCGACGCCCUGCUCAACCAGAACUGGGAACAUGUAGAAUACAUAUUCGAGCACCUCAACCGCCAGCCGCGCGAUGCGCACGGCUGCGACUUCAGUCGCGUCCGCGAGUGGUACCUCGACAACCAGGCAGAGAAUUUCCGGCAAACGAUUGUCCUCUCAGCCUUCAACACGCCCGAGCUUUCAGAGCUCCACCGAUGCAGCAAGAACUGGGCGGGCCGCGUGCGCGUACAGCCCGAGUACAACGGCAUGAUCCAAGAGUUGGGGCUCGUCAAGGCUAAGCAGACAUUCUCUCGCUUCGAAGCGCCCUCGAUCGCCGACGAACCCGACGCGCGAUUCACCUACUUCACGAGCGCCAUCGUUCCCUCUCUCAUCAAGCUCGCGGGCCGCAAAGGCUCCAGCGCAGACGCCGGGGGAACCCUGAUCUUCAUCCCAUCGUACCUAGACUUCGUGCGCGUGCGUAACUAUUUCUCUACAGCCGACGCUGUCGAGAGCCUCUCGUUCGGCGCCAUAUCCGAGUACGCCGACGUGCGGGAGGCGUCGCGCGCGCGCUCGCACUUCUUGUCGGGCCGCCACAAAGUCCUGCUGUACACCGAGCGCUCGCACCACUUCCGGCGCUACGUGAUUGCGGGCGUGCGCCGAGUCAUCAUGUACGGCCUACCUGAUAACCCUAUCUUCUACCGCGAGAUCGUGGGAGGAUUCCUCGCCAAGAGCGAGCAAGAUAUGCUCUUGGAGCCCGGACGUGGAUCCGUCCGCGUUGUAUUCUCGAAGUACGAUGUGCUGAAAUUAGAGAGGGUAGUCGGGUCGAAGAGAGUGGGCAAGAUGAUUCGCGAACGUGGCGAUACGUUCGAUUUUAUAUAGGGGUUGAGAUCAGGUGACCAAGCACAUGUGUCGAGCUGCACCGAAUCUGCCCAUUUUGAUGUAGUAGUAGUGAUUAGACGAGAUACCAUAUGACUUCCGCUGUUUCGUCGUCUCAAUAAAUGAAGUCAUUGACAAACGAUAAGAACAAAGCCUGACACAUCUGCUGGUGCCUGCCUGAGUUUUCAUGAAAUAGUCAUUUUAUACUAUUUUGUCUGAGUUGUAAAUUUUACUUUGGUAUGUGUUCUAGACGGAGGCCAAAAUGGC